CGGCUUUCCGGCAUGUUAUUUGUGAACAAGCAUUACUCGAAGCGAAUUGGUGCUAAAGCACUGCGAUCUCUGAACUAACUGCGAAUUUACCUCCAAUUACAAUCAAGAUGUCUCUGCUACCUUUCAUCAUGGGCUACGAGCACCCUCACCGCCUCAUCGAUCAGGAUUUCGGCCUGGCGCUGACUCCCGAAGAUCUGCUGACGGCCGCCGUGGCACCCAUGUUCUCCCGGGACUACUACCGACCCUGGCGUCAACUAGCCGCGGCCGCGCGAGAUGUCGGAUCCACCAUCAAAUCCGACAAGGACAAAUUCCAAGUAAACUUAGAUGUCCAGCAUUUUGCGCCCGAAGAAAUCUCAGUGAAGACCGCGGACGGGUUUGUGGUGAUUGAGGGCAAGCAUGAAGAAAAGAAGGACGAGCACGGGUACAUUUCGAGGCAGUUCUCUCGGCGCUACGCGCUGCCUGAGGGUUGCAACCCUGAGACGGUGGAAUCACGGUUAUCUUCGGACGGAGUUUUGACUAUCGUCGCGCCGCGGGUGGCUCCGGCUUUGAAGAACGAGAGGGCUGUUCCUAUCGCACAGACCGGUCCAGUGAGGAAGGAGAUCAAGGAUCAGACUUCCCAGGCUAACGGUAACCAGAAGUAACUGUACAGUAUUAUGGUACGAGAUUGUUUGUGAUAGCGCGUGUCUAUGUUCGAUGUGAUUUCAGUGUUUUAAACAUUUUUUAAUUAAGACUGAAUUAUUUAAAAAUAAAUGCUUUUAAUUUA